CAGCACCUGGGAGGGUUCUGAUACUAUAGUGUGUAUUCUGGUACUUGGAUUGAUUCGUUUGUUGAAAUAUGGGGGAAGAGAUGUUGUGUGGUGAGAAGCUAGUGAUGGAAAGGCAGAGGGAGGAGGAGGAAGAGGAAGAGAGUGGAACAGGUAGCAGAGAUGAAUUGAGAGGGUUGAUGAGGUGGGAGAAGUUCUUGCCGAAGAUGGUUUUGAGAGUGCUCUUAGUUGAAGCAGAUGACUCCACCAGACAGAUUAUAGCGGCGCUUCUUAGGAAAUGCAACUACAAAGUGGCUUCUGUUCCUGAUGGCUUGAAGGCAUGGGAAAUACUCAAGGGAAGACCUGGUGAUAUAGAUCUGAUACUGACAGAAGUGGAUUUGCCAUCCAUAUCUGGCUAUGCACUUCUCACACUAAUUAUGGAGCAUGAGAUUUGCAAAAAUAUCCCUGUCAUAAUGAUGUCCUCACAAGAUUCGGUUAGCACGGUAUACAAAUGCAUGUUGAGAGGUGCUGCUGACUAUCUUGUUAAGCCCCUUAGAAAAAAUGAACUGAGGAAUUUGUGGCAGCAUGUUUGGAGGAGACAAUCAUCUAAUACUGGCAUAAAUGGCCCACCUGAUGAGAGUUUUGCACAGCACAAGAUUGAAGCCACUGCUGAAAACAAUGCUGCUAGUAAUCGUUCAAGUGGUGAUGCUGCUAGUAAUCGUUCAAGUGGUGAUGCUGCUUGCAUUCAGAGGAAUAAGGAAUUGAUCGAGAAAGGAAGUGAUGCGCAGAGCUCUUGUACAAAACCUGACUUGGAAGAUGAGAGUGGCCAUGUCGAUAAGGUUCAUGAAUUUUCUCCGUUGAAAUGUAGUGAAGCAUUUCCAAGUGGAGCAAAGGCACAAGAGGUUGAAACAUGCAUUCGUUUAGGACAGACAUUAAUCAUGCAUGACAGUCAUGCUGGAGGAUUAAAUGUGGGUAUCUGCAAAAAUGGUGAGACAAGCACAACUAAUGGCAAGGACGCUGAUCCUGAGCAUUUUCGGAGUGCUAGCAUCAGCAGUGAGGCUCAUGACAAUCACUGUGUUCAAAUUAAGUCUUCUAAGGAAGCUAUUGACUUGAUUGGAGCAUUUCAUACUCGUGCAAACUGCAGUCUGAGAAAUUCCUCAGUUGAUUGCACAGGCAUGUUUGACUUUUCUCCACAAUUGGAUCUUUCCCUCAGAGGAUCUCAUCCCAGCAACUUUGAGAAUGAACUCACUGAAGAAAGGCACACCCUCAUGCAUUCGAAUGCUUCAGCUUUCAAGCGGUAUACUAACAGGAAAUUGCAAGCCUCACCUGCAGUGCUAGUUGACUUCUCCAAUCAACAAAGAGAACAGAGAACAAAUGGAGAGAAAAGUAUCUCCUAUAUUGCUACUGGCUGCAACUCAGACAAUUCCACACCUAGUAUGCAAAGAUGUAUUAUGUCUCCAGCUACAGCCCAAUCAAAAGAAUCUGAAUUCGCAACCUCACACUCACAGCAAGGGCAUUCUCUCCCAAUUCCAGUAAAAGGUGUAAGGUUCAAUGAUCUAUGCACACCCUAUGGUUCUGUACUUCCUCCAAUGUUCCAAACACAGUCUGGUCCCCCAUCAAUGCCAAGUCCAAGUUCAGUUGUGCUCCUUCAACCAACCUUUCAAGUAAAUGCAUUUUAUCAGUCAAAUACUAAAGAAAACGGUUCAGAGCAGCUUUAUGAACCUCGUGGUCAAAAUGGAAACAGCGCCCCAAACCACAUUGUGUACACCCAGGAACUCAGACAAGAACAUGCAGAGGAUCGUGGACAUAUCUCACCUGCAACUGAUCAAAGUGUAUCCAGUAGUUUCUGUAAUGGAAAUGCAAGCCAACUUAACAGCAUAGGUUAUGGAAGCAAUUGUGGAAGUAGCAGCAAUGUUGAUCAAGUUGCAAUUGUGAGGGCAGCUUCAGAGGGUAAGAAUGAAGACCUCACAACCAAUGGAAAUUCUCAUAGAUCAAUCCAAAGGGAAGCAGCUCUAAACAAGUUCCGCUUGAAACGCAAAGAAAGAUGUUAUGAGAAAAAGGUUCGAUACGAGAGCAGAAAGAAACUAGCUGAGCAGCGUCCAAGGAUAAAAGGACAAUUUGUGCGUCAAGUGCCAUCUUAAUCCUCUUGCUGCAGAAAAAGAUGACAAAGAAUAUGAUCAUUAGCAUAUCUGACUCACCGGAUAGGAGAGCAUGAAUUGUUAGUUUAGUUACUUCAAAAUUUUGUUUUCCUGAAUCCUUGAAUACCAGAACCACUUGAUCUGUACAUGCUUUCUAAAACCAUUUUUUCUCAUUUGCCUUUCAUCUAG